CGACCUGGCUGCUGUGGACUUGUCAGCUUUCGAUUUGGCUGCCCAUUUGCCUGCCUGCCUGCUUGCUUGCCUGCCGAGCCGAUCUGCGCAGAGCCACUCACACCUGUCGACAUGCCGCAGAAUCAGCCCAUCAAGAUCCCAGUUCUGGAGAUCGCCUUGUUUGCGCUCUCGCAGGUUGCCCUGUACUAUGGUGUCAAGUGGGCCCUCGGGGCCCUUGACCCCUUCAAGCAGAAGAAAGAUGCAGCCAAGGCCAAGCGCGAAAAAGUGUUUGGCCGACUUGGGAUCAAGAACAUGGAGCUUACAGAACACGAGGAAAUCAUCGGAUCCGAGGUCGUUCAUCCCGACGACAUCUCGGUUACGUUCAAGGAUAUCGGAGGGCUUGACUUGAUCAUCGACUCGCUCAGAGAAACCGUCAUCUAUCCGCUGUGCUAUCCACAGCUCUUCAGCUCCAACAGCAGCCUGCUUGGUGCUCCGAAAGGCGUGCUUCUCUACGGCCCGCCUGGCUGUGGCAAGACCAUGCUGGCCAAAGCCCUCGCCAAAGAAUCAGGCGCAACCUUCAUCAACCUGCAUGUAUCAACAUUGACCGAAAAAUGGUUUGGCGAGUCCCAAAAGCUUGUCCAUGCGCUGUUCUCGCUGGCCAAGAAGCUCGAGCCAACCAUCAUCUUUAUCGACGAGAUCGACUCGUUCCUGCGUGAGCGCACGAGCAGCGACCACGAAGCCACCUCGAUGAUGAAGGCCGAGUUCAUGAGUUUGUGGGAUGGCCUCGCCAGCGGACAAAAUUCGCGCGUGCUCGUCCUUGGAGCAACCAACCGUCCGAACGACAUCGACAAGGCUAUCUUGCGACGCAUGCCCAAACGGUUCUCGAUCCGGCUACCUGAUGACGUUCAGCGACUCCGCGUGCUAACUCUGCUCCUCAAGAAUGCCGAUGUUGCUGCCGACUUUGACGUCCAAGCCCUCGUGCCGCUGACCGCCGGCUUUUCUUGCAGCGAUCUGAAAGAGCUCUGCCGCAAUGCCGCGAUGGUUCCGAUCCGCGAGGUCCUGCGGGAUCUCCCUGGUCCCAUCCAGGGUGUCGAUGCCAAGAGCCUCCAUGUUCGGCCCCUGAGCAACGCCGACUUUUUCCUGAGCGACGAGUAUUCCACGCAGCCCAAGCCGUCAUCGAGCAACACUGGGAGCCUCACCGACAUCCCCGAUCUCGAUUAGAGUGCUCGGAUAAUGAACCGGGGCUGUCUUUGUCUAUGGCUACCAGCGAUUCUCUCUGGAUCUUGAAUACAUACAUGUUCAUCCGCCA